GAACGAGUAAAAAACUUAAUCGAUACCGGAAGUAACGUAACCGUGCGGGCGGAUAUUCUGGUACGGAUAUACGCACUUGCGAAAUGGAUCUUUUAGCGAGUUAUGAUGAUGAUGGGGAUAAAUCACAAAGCUCAAAUAGUAACAGACAAGACCAGGUAGAAGUGUCUUCUAGUCUGCAGGCGGAGUGGGAAUCGUUUGAGAAAAUGAUUUCUGGAGAUAAUGGGGACACAGAGAAGCCUGAAUCCGUGCAGGAAUUUCUUCAAGCAGGAAUUGUGGCGUAUCCAGGUUUAUUCCAAAACAUUGUUGAAAACGAAAAGGAGGAAAGUAAAGAGGAUGAUAAGAAUUCACCAGGAUCGUCAGAGGAAGAAGCCAAAAGUCCCAAAAAAUCAAGAUCAUUUGCUGAUGAUGUCAUGAAGCUGUUUAGAUCUGAGUUUGUUGAAAAGGAACUAGAUAUGCCACCCAGAGCGAGGUCAUCCUCUCAUUCCUCCCACUCCUCUAGAUCCUCCCACAGCAGCAGGUCGGGCUCAGCUUCUCCAUCCCCCAACAGAGAGGAGGACAAAGAAGAUCAGGAGGAAGAACCAGACCAGGGAACCAGUAAAAAAGAAAUCGAAGACAAGAGGAGAUCCACAGGGAGUCCAUCCAGAAAGAAGCGGUCCAGAUCUAGGUCAAGGUCACAUCGUAGGCAUAGGUCAGACUCGAGGAGAAAGUCUCGCUCUAGUCGCUCAAGAUCUAGAUCAAAACGUAGGAGUAGAGAAAGGAAAGACCAUUCAUCACAUAGAAGACGCAGACGAAGCAGAUCUCGGGACAGAAAACGGAGAAGGCACUCCUCAAGAGAUCGACAUAGACACAAAAGAGAUAGGCGGAGGAGUCGAAGUCGAGACAGGCACCGCAAAAGGAGCCACAGGAGUAGGUCGAAGCAUCGCAGCAGGUCACCACACAAACACAGAUCAGGGAAGAGCCGAAGUCGCAGUAGAGAAAGAGUACAUCGUCCUGCACCACCAACAACCAAGCCUGAGGGAGAGAAACAUCUGACCUUCAAGGAAAAGAUGAGACAGCAGUUGUUAAAAGCCAGCAAAUACUUGCAGGCAGGAGAAGGACUAGAAAAUAAUGGGACUCCAAAGGAGAAACCGAGCAAUCUUCCAUUAAGUGAUGGACACAAAAGAUUCUUUCAAGCAAUGGCCUUGUCCACCCAGUCUAGUGUGACUCCUCAGGUGGCUCUGCUGCAUACGAUGGCAGCCAUGCACCAAAAGGCUCAAGAAAUGACUGGGGUUGCUGUACCGAAGUAUUACAACCCAGCAGCUGUCAAUCCAUUGAAGUAUGCAGAGCAAGUCCAGAAAAGGAAAUUACUAUGGUCCAAAGCUAAGGAGCACAAAGAGGACAAGGAAAAGGAAUGGCAGCAUACAGCAUUUAAUCAGGAUGACAGUGGAAAGAUUGCCACAAAGUUUAGAAAGUUAAUGGGAAUUAAACAUGAAGGUGGAGAGGAUGAGAACGCAUCAGAACUGACAGAAGAACAGAUAAAGAAACGAGAGGAGUUCUUUUCUAGACUGGACAAAGACUAUGAGUUUGCUCGCAUGACAACACACACUCAGAGGGGAGUGGGUCUGGGAUUCUCCUCACAGGGUAUUCAGCCUCCGUGAGGUGUGGCAAUGUUCAUUUGUGAUAAGUGUGCUUGUUUUGACUGGAACUUGUGUAACAGUUGUGAAAGAAUUAUCUAUAUAGUUUGAUGCAGUAAUAGUGUGACCUCAAUCCUUUCAAUUAAAAACAAAGUUAGACCCUCUAACAUAUGUGGACAAUGUACAACAAAUAGUGGAGUCAUUUUGAGCAAUAGUUACCUAUUAAACCAGAAAACUUGUGUGAAGAACUGUAAUAUUUAUUGCAGAAUGACCAAUGAAGUGGAUGUAUUGGUUCUUUCUUGAAGAAAGUUUUGUUAUACAUUAAAAUUUGUUUUAUAUGAA